GCGCACUGCAUUUUAAAUUGUAUUUUGUCUAAAACACAUUAGUGAACCAAUUGGAUUUAUAAAAUGGAACGCUUUGAUCGCCAGUUCACCAUGCGAGCACUUCGCCAGGAGUUCCUUCGCCAGAGGCUUUUCGGAGCUGCGAUGAUUGAGGAUUCUGCCAUUUUCCGCGACGCGAACGUGCUGAAUAUUUUCUGCGGCGAUGGAGGAGUCGCCAUGCUUGCGAUCCAGGCCGGCGCCCGACACGUCCUGGCCAUAGAUACGGUCACUAAUGCGAACAUGGCUCGUCGCGUGAUCCGUAAAAACGGAAUGCUAGAUCGCAUUUCCGUAAUGGGCAUCGAUGUGCGUCACUUGGGCCUGUCCGGGCUCCGGUACGAUGUGCUGCUGUGCGCUUGGAUGGACGACAUGGCUAUAUUUCAGGGCAAGCUGUCCGAUUUGAUUGUAGCACGAGACCGCUUUAUCCGUCCCGGUGGGAUUAUAUAUCCAUACAUGAUUCGGAUCUCAGCGUGUGGCAUAGAGGACGGCAAAGCUUGGGAAGCCACCAACAAAUGGAUAAAUGCAAACAUUGGAUUCAGGUAUUUGCAUAUGCGUGAGCUGCUGCGCCCGGUCUUGGAUUACUUGAAGCCCGAGCAGAUAGUCACUUCAUUCAGCAAGAUAGCUGAUUUUAAUCUUUACACGAUCACACUGGAACAGCUCAAUCGAGCCGCAUUUUUCAGCAUGGUGACAAUCCAAGAGGCACCCGUGCACUCCAUUUGCACGGCCCUGGAAUCGUUGGUGAUGCGCCCAGGUGGACCUGUCGCCCUCAACUUUAACCACUUCACACCCGAUUACCGUCACACUAUUUUCUAUCUGGGUGUCCAGCUGAACGCAUGCACAGGCUCCGUCAUCGUUGGCAAACUCACGGAGCUCUUCGAUUGGAGUAUGACUCGCCAGAUGUUGAAAUGGGACUACGAGUACAACGGACGAAAUGGAAAGUUCGUUGGAUCUGGUAAUUACACUGUUCGCUAGAGCUCGGAGCGGGAAUUAUCAACAUUUACUAUAGAUUAUAUUUUUUCAUACUUUUUUUUCGACUGAAGUAAUGUUUGAUACUUAGGUUAUCUUCGGGGUGUAGAAGGAGCGCAGGUUUUUUUUU